AACUUCCCGGAAGUUGGAAAUAUAUUUGUUUGGAUUUCGCGAGUUUUGGAAUGGAGUGGGACCUAUACAUACAUUUUUUACUUUAAUUUAUACAUUCUAUCUUAGUAUAAGAAGUUCGAUGUUACAGUUUCUGCUGCCAUUAUCUAGAUAAAGAUGGGAGUUAAGUGGGAAUCAUUACCAAAUGGCCACCAAAACCUCAUCCAUGUCAACUCUAGCCACCCAGAUAUGCGAACACAUAGCUUCCGUCUUCUACAAACCAACUCACCCUUACCCACCGCCCUUAGACCUCAUGGUUACUGAGCUCGUCACCACGGCAUCCCAAAACGGCCGUGUUUUCCUCUACGGAGUGGGCCGGGAGGGACUCAUGCUCAAAGCCCUGUGCAUGCGCCUGGCUCACCUAGGCCUUUCCGCCCAUUUCGUCCUCGACGUGACAACUCCUCCCAUCACCGCGGCCGACCUCCUUGUCGCUUCUGCUGGGCCCGGUGGAUUUGCGACCGUCGACGCGAUAUGCUCUCUGGCUAGAUCAAAUGGCGCCAGAGUGUUGCUACUGACUGCACGGCCCGAGGAAGGAACGUGCAUGAAGCACGCUAACGCCGUAUGUUACGUGGCGGCGCAAACGAUGGCGGACGAUGAGGAUGUGGGUGGGGAGGAAAGUAGAAGGCGGUUGCUUCCGAUGGGAAGUUUGUAUGAAGGGGCGAUGUUUGUGCUGUUUGAGAUGGUGGUGUACAGAUUGGGUGAGGCUCUGGGUGAAAGCCCUGAAGCGGUUCGGUCUCGCCAUACCAAUCUUGAAUGAGUAAGAAAAAGCCAAAGCUAAGGGUAUAUUUCCAUGUUUUCCGUUUCAAUAAAAGUUUCAAUAAGAGUUUUCUCAGGGAAUUAAUGUGGAAAUUUAGUCGGGAGUGGUUUUUCAAUUCACUGUUUCUGCACACUUAGAGGGUGUUUGAUAAAAAAUUCUCAAAAUUAUUUUCCCAGCAAUUUUAUUUUUGUUUGGUUCUAUUUUGUCUUUUACUUUUUAACGUUGGUUGACACUAGCCAACACUGAAUCAUGGUGGAGUAAAUAUUGCACAGCCAUCAAUUUUGACUUUUCAAACGCAACAACUAUGAUAUAGGGAGGCUCUGUUUAAGUAAAAUCAUUUUAAUUUCAAUUUAAAGUUAUAUUUGAUUUUUUGGAUCUAAACUAAAAUGAUGAACAAUCUCAGACCACCUGUACUUCGCACACAUCCUAAAAUGAGUCUCCCGACAGAAAGUCCGAGUACAAUGAAAUUACGAGAGUCAGUCUUCAAAGAAAAUUAGAAAAAUAAAAAAUUCACGACGAUGGUAGUAGAAAUGUGCGUACUUCAUCGGAUGCAAGUCGUAAGUUCACCGUCAGAUAAUUAGACAAAGCGACAUGUAGCAAAGUUAUUUGA